ACCAGUUCUCGUCUCUACGGUGACGGUGUCUAACAAACAUUCCACCGUCCGACCAACUGGAGUUUGACGAAGAAAGAAACGAAAAUAAUGUAAUUAACCGACGGAACCGACGCGUUUACAGCAGUUAUGUUUUGUGGUUCUCCUUGUAUUCUGUGUCUGUCAGACUGAGGAAGCGCCGGAACCAAAGGAACCAAGCUAUCGCCUUACACAGGGUCCAUUCAGAAACUGAGCAGUCCACUGGUUCUGUAAUGAAAAAUACGUGAGACAAACAACCAUCGUCAUGACAGCAGGGACAGUGUCCACUCCGCUUAUCAUUCCUAUCAUCCCUUUGCUGACACACAGAGCCAAGAACCACAUCGACACCAACACACCCGUCUCCAUCCACUCAGACACUCUGGGCGUGAGGAUUUUCUACACUCUGGAUGGGUCGAACCCGGUGCCAGCGGAGCGGGGGUCCGCGUGCAGCAGCAGGAAGUACAGCGAGCCCGUCCUGCUGCCUGCUGGGCGGGUGUCUGUCCGGGCCGUGGCUGUGUCCAGCGACGGCAGACGAAGCUCGACAGUGACAAAGGUUUUCUCUGUGGAUUCAAACGACACAAAUGUUGUGCCAAACCACAUCCAGUCCGUCUGCCCGUCUGGAGGAGCCACCGGUUCUCAUGAGCGCCCUGCCGGUUCUUCACUGAGGCCUCCAGAGCUGAAGUCGGCGGCAAAGCGCUCUCCUCCAGCGGCUCCCCGGUUCCUGGCCCGUGGCCUGGGCCCGGGCCCGGGCCCGCAGCCCGGGUCCUCCCAGCCAGCGCUGAGCAGCACAAACGCCUCCAGAGUCCAGUACGAGACUGGCUUCAUGCGCUGUACUCAGUGCCUGAGUUUACAUCCUGCGGAUCCUUUCGCUCGUUUCUGCGCUCAGUGUGGAGCAGCAGUUCCUCUGUUGCCUGAGCAGAGACUGCCCCCUGCUGAAGGAGGACAGACGAUCCAGUGUGCGUUCUGUAAAACCGUGGUUCCUGUCAACGCUGAAACCUGUUUGGUGUGUGAGGCAUCCAUCCACCAGCAGCUCCAGCCCCAGGCCUCACUCACUCUGCAGGAGCACGUGGUUUGCGUUUGCUGUGGGAGUGGGAAUCCUGCUCACGUGUCCAGCUGUUUAACCUGUGAGACUCACCUGCAGACGGUGUGGGCGUCGGAUGCCCCGCCCGUCCCAUCAGCAGCCCGCAGGAUGUUGUCCUGCGCCAGGUGUCAACGUCUGAACCACAGCGAUGCCAGGUUCUGUGACUGGUGCGGCUCCAAGUCCCGUCAUGCAGCUCGCUGUGUGCUGUGUUGGAGGUGUGGCUCAAGCGGACCUCCCUCCGCCUGCUACUGUGCAGCCUGUGGCGUUUCCCUGCAAGCAUCACGCAGCGACGACCUGCAACGGCCCACACAGAAGGCCACGCCCUCAUCUGACCCCACCCCAAGCGUAAAGGCCUCCCCGCUGACGGAGGAUCAGUCCACACAGACCGUAGGACUCUAUUUCCCAUCAGCCACCGAGCUUCACAGGAAGCAUCAGAAGGAGCAGCUCAGACAGCAGGUGACCAGGGAUCGGCAGCUGACCGCUAUCAGCCCCGGGAGAGGUUACUGGAGGAGGCAGUUGGAUCACGUAUGCGCUCAUCUGAGGAGUUACGCCCAGAACAACCCCCCGUUCAGGACUCUACUGGGAGAACCUCGCCUGGGCCGGGUGGUUUCGGCGGUGAUCCAGGAAGAUCAGUACGAAGCCAGUCUGACCAUCAGCUUUGUGUCGGCCGGGCGGGAAGGUCAACAGGUGGGUCCUGAAUGUGAUGCUGCAGAUGGGCUGGGUGGUGCCAGACUGACAGAGACUCUGAGCAGCGUUACAGAGAAAUCUGCAGAGAGCAGCAGUAUCCGAAAUGAUCAGUCAACUCGACUGACAAACCCCUGAAACCAAAGCUGAAACCAAAGCCUGCGGUGAAGGACUCUCCGCUGCUGAAGGAGCUGGGUCCAGGACGAGGUCAGAUUAGUAUCAUCCAGCAGCUCUUGGAUCAGGGGGCCGAUCCGUCCUGCUGCAACGACAAUGGCCGUCACGCCUUGGCGGUCGCUGUGGGGAAC